AUGUCAAAUAUAAUUUCAAUAAUUCAAGGAUUAUUAGUUAUUGUUCCUGCUUUAAUAUCUGUUGCUUUUGUAACAAUAUCAGAAAGAAAAGUUAUGGCUAGUAUGCAAAGAAGAGUAGGACCUAAUGCAGUAGGUUAUUAUGGUUUAUUACAAGCAUUUGCUGAUGCAUUAAAAUUAUUAUUAAAAGAGUAUGUAGCACCAACACAAGCUAAUAUUAUAUUAUUCUUCCUUGGACCUGUUAUAACUUUAAUUUUUGCUUUAUUAGGUUAUCUUGUAAUUCCUUAUGCUCCAGGUACAUUUAUAUCUGACCAUCGUUUAGGUAUAUUUUUUAUGUUAGCAGUUAGUGCUAUAGCUACAUAUGGUAUAUUAUUAGCUGGAUGAUCUGCUAAUUCUAAAUAUGCUUUUUUAGGUUCAUUAAGAAGUACUGCUCAAUUAAUUAGUUAUGAGUUAAUCUUAAGUUCUGUAUUAUUAUUAGUUAUAUUAUUAACUGGUAGUUUAAAUGUUAUUACUAUAGUAGAAUCACAAAAAGCAGUAUCUUUAUUAUUACCUUUAUUACCUUUAUUUAUUGUAUUCUUUAUAGGUUCUAUAGCAGAAACUAAUAGAGCGCCAUUUGAUUUAGCUGAGGCUGAAUCAGAACUUGUAAGUGGUUUCAUGACAGAACAUUCUGCUAGUAUUUUUGUUUUCUUCUUCUUAGCUGAAUAUGCUAGUAUUAUAUUAAUUUGUAUUUUAAAUAGUAUUUUAUUCUUUGGAGGUUAUUUAUCUAUUAUCGUUUUUAGUAUUAUUUCACUUCUAGAUUUAAGUCGUGAAGAUACUUUAUUUCAUGUUUUAAUAUCUAUUAUAUCUAGUUCUCCUAUAAAUUUAGCUGUUAAAACAUCUAUAUUAGUAUUUGUUUUUAUUUGAGUUAGAGCUUCUUUCCCUAGAAUUCGUUUUGAUCAAUUAAUGUCAGUUUGUUGAUUAGUUUUAUUACCUAUUACUAUUGCUUAUGUUAUACUUUUGCCUUGUGUGGUUUCUGGUUUACUGAUAAACCCUGUGAAUAUUUCUUUACUUUAA